AUGCCAGCCGAGUACUUCUGCAACGCAGUCACAAUCGACUCUUCUACUUCACUAGAAACGUCUCAGACUUCUACACUAUCUGUGACUUCGUCUGCCGACUCAAGCUCCUCCUCCCAGCCGACGAGUCUCUCGGUGACAGAAUCGGUAUCUACCUCGGCUAGUUCAACUACCGUUUCCGUCACAUCUUCCGCCACGUCAGAUGUGACGACCUCAUCCACCAUUGCCCCCACUUCUACCUCUUCUCCGGUCCUUGGGAUCUUCAACGCAAUCGGCCAGGGCGGCGGUGCAAGUGGUACACCAGCCAGGCUUCCACCCCCAGAGUACGGCAGCAUAACCUUGGGCGGGUACAACCCUUCCGGCGUGCCAGCAGGUGUCUUUUCAAUCGAGGCGGGCACUGGCGCCCUUUUCGUCGACGGCUCUAAGAUAUGUGGGUUUUACAGCGGCUCUGAGUCAGCUUCGUUGUAUGUUUGCAAUCCAUCGCCCCGGACCAAUGAGGCGCCCGUCACCUGCGACCAGGGACAGAUGGAUGGAGGCGUCCUGAAAUGCAGUGCACCAAAGAUGACUUGCAUUGAGGACUUUAAUGAUGAUAAUGACCCAGUAUGUUAUGCUACUGGUGGUGUCUGGACCCAGUUCAAUGGGUACCAAUUCUUUGGCAAUUAUUUCCUUCUUGGUAUAGGUUCUGAGGCUGCUGCUUCUACACGAGGCUUUAUUCCCAUCGAUCUCAUCAUCCAAGCUGUCUAG